AUGGAAGAAAUUAAUACUCAGAAAAUAGAAGAUUCUCCAGCUCCCUCUAGAUGUUAUCUUUGGAAUUAUGAUAAGUGCACAAUAGGAGUUCCUCUUGAUAAUUAAAGAUAACCAGAGGAAGAUUUUGAAUUGUAAAUCAUCUUUGCUAAAAUGAAUUUAACAAUAGAUGAAACUCCAUUUCACGAAACUAAAUGUUAAAAAUAAAAAUAAGACUUAUCUUACAAAGCAGAAUUCAAUAUGAAACACUUUGCAUAAUAUUAUUUGUAUCAGUUGGUAUUUUAAAUUUGCUAAUUAGUUAUUUUAUAUCUUUGGUCCCUUUACAUGUAUAUUUUUUUUUAAUAAACCUAUGUUAAUGUAUAAUUUAGGUUUUUGGUCUUGCAGAUAAGAUGUUAUAUUUCAUUACUUUUAAUGGGGAGGACAUAUUUUUUCACUUAUUAUGUAUUUUUAUUUUGGACUAAUAUCAUCUUUAGAAAUGGGACUACUUUGGUUUUCAUUGCUAACUCGAUCUAUUAUCAUAGCAGCAAAAUUCUCUACAUUUAAUGAAGAUAGAGUAGAACUAUAUGAAUAAUCUCGUUUAUCAGAAAAAACUAUAAAAUUUGAUACAGUAUUAUUUGAUUGGGCAGCUCAAUCAAAAAAACUAAAAUAUUUAGAAAUUGCAAGAUCAGCUAAACGACAUGAUUUUGAUACACAAUUUUUCUACUUCGACUUUAUAGUUGAACCAAUGUAAGAAACUUAAAAAGCACUUGCUCAAGAACAGAAUAUUGAAAUUGAUGAGGUGAAAAAUGGAAAAUAUAGUGGAAUCAAUUUAAUUUCUUAUUUCAUAGAAUCAUUUUAAUAAUUGAACACCAGAAAAUAUAUUGUUUUAACAUCACUAAUCAUUAGUUUAAUUAUAGUAGCUACCCCUAAAGCUAUUUAUUGUUAUAACUACUUUUAUUCACCAGUUGAAGUAUUUUUAAAUGUUAUUUGUGGUAUAUUUUAAACUAUCUAAUUUAAUUGCAUUUUCAUUUAUUUAUCAAUUGCACUUGAUGAUAUGAAAAGAAAAAUAUUUCUAUUAGAUCAAGUCUUUUAUUUAAUAAGUACAAAAAGAGUAAAAUGUUGUGAAUUCAAAUUAACUCCAACUAUUGAUAUUAAUUGUCCCAGAACUAUUGAAGCUUGGAGUAUGUUAAGAUCAAUUACUUUUGAUUAUGGUGCAUCUUAUCACAUAAGAAAUUAAGUUUAUUUUACUGUUUUAAUAUUAUUUUGCAUAGUUAGCAUAAUUUUUGUACUUCAAAUAAUUUUAGAUUAUUUUAUAAUUGAUUAUUACUAUUUGAUUACAUUAGGUAUUAUUUUCUUCGUUUACUUAAUAUUUGUUUCUUGUUAUUUAAUGAGUGCAGCAAAAAUAAAUGAAUAUUUUGAAGAUUUUAAGACAUAAAUUGAAAAUUUAAAAUUUAUUUGCUAGGAUGUAAAAAGAAUGAAAAAGUAUUAUUUUGAAGAUUGUCUUUCAGAACCAUAAAACUUUAUUCAUAAAUCAUUUGUUAAUCAUUUAAAACAGUAACAUGGAAAAGAUACUUUAGUUAUUUAUUAGAGGAUAGAUUGUUUAAUAGAAUCUUUAGAAAAUGCUUAGAAACAUAUAGAAUAUGAUUGUAGAAACUAUCCAUUAAAAUUAUACGGGAUAAAAAUUAGUUUUGAGAUUCUUUAAAACUUUGUUGUAGGUUUAUUUACUGUCAUAAGUUUUGUGAUUUAACAAAGAUUUUCGUCUUGA